GACGUCAUCGCCGCGCGCCGGAAGCCCGCCCGGCUGAGGGAGAAGAUGGCGGCGGCGAAGCGGAGCGUCCUGUCCUCGCUGGCGGUUUACGCCGAGGACUCGGACCCCGAGUCUGACAGCGAGGCUGGGGCGGCCGGCAGCGACGGCGGAGCGGCCACGGGAGAGAAAGGAGGCCUCGUCUCGGUUGGGUACGGAGACGAUGACUUCACCCGCCUGGACGGGGACGAGGACGGGUACGAGGAGGAGGACGAUGAGAACAGCAGGCAGUCAGAAGAUGACGAUUCAGAGACUGAAAAACCUGAGGCUGGUGACCUAAAGGAAUUCUCAGAACUGGAGAAAAGAGAUCCCCAGGAGCUAGUUGCCUCUUUUUCAGAGAGAGUACGGAACAUGUCUCCUGAUGAGAUCAAAAUCCCACCUGAGCCUCCUGGCAGAUGCUCUAACCACUUACAGGAUAAAAUUCAAAAGCUGUAUGAGAGGAAAAUAAAAGAGGGCAUGGAUAUGAAUUAUAUCAUUCAAAGGAAAAAGGAGUUCCGCAACCCCAGCAUCUAUGAAAAACUGAUUCAGUUUUGUUCAAUUGAUGAACUUGGUACAAAUUAUCCAAAGGACAUGUUUGAUCCUCAUGGCUGGUCAGAGGAUUCAUAUUAUGAGGCACUAGCUAAAGCGCAGAAGAUUGAAAUGGACAAAUUGGAGAAGGCCAAGAAGGAGCGCACAAAGAUUGAAUUUGUGACUGGCACUAAAAAGGGGACAACAACAAGUGCUGCCUCUACAACAACCACAACAGCCAGUACCACUGUGGGAGAUGCACAGAAGAGGAAGAGCAAGUGGGACUCGGCCAUCCCUGUAACAACGAUAGCUCAGCCCACCAUCCUUACCACGACUGCAACGCUGCCAGGUGUUGUCACAGUGACAACCAGCGCGAGUGGAUCCAAAACUACAGUCAUCUCUGCUGUUGGCACCAUUGUGAAAAAGGCAAAGCAGUGACGAGUGCGCUGGGGUUGGAUUUUUAGACUGAAUUGUCAUUGAAGGCAUUGCUCUUGAAAGGGAGGGCUAGCUUUCACCUUUGGUAAAGAUGACAAGACUUUUAAACAGACCACAGUUCCCGUUGGAAAGCAUGGGGGCAGGAGCAGGCAUGCCAGCUGUGUGCCCACAGGAACGGACCUCUGCCAAAAAUGCCGCUGUCUUUUCUUGCUGCGGGAAGAACCACAGUCUGUCUGUGCUGUGCUGGAGGAAGGUGGUAUGGGAAGUCACCUUGUAAAAGUUAGCUUAUUAAAUGGCUGCAUUCUUCAGAUUUGAAGGUUCUUACCCUACUUGCAAGUCUGUUUUCCUUUUCUUUUUCUUCUUUAUUUUUUUUAAAGCAGGCAGUGAGGGAAUGUCAGUGUUCUUGCAUAUUCCAGGUCCUCCUCAGAGGCUGCUGCUUGUGAUAUGUACUCCCUCACAUGCACUAAGACUGAAGGGAACUAAAGCAGAGACAGUUGGUCAGUGUCCUUGUGCAAAUGUGUAGCAGAGAUUUGAGAAGCAAUCUACAUCUAUGAAUGUGGACUCAUUCUUUGUUAUAGUACUGACAUCUGUACCUGUGUGCAUAUCUGUGUAAGUCUUAGUGAUCAUGUGUUAAAUAGCUGAAAUACUGAGGAAACUACGCUGAAAUAGGUCUUGUUAGCAUCUCGCAGGGAUGGCAAUUUCUAUGCAGAGGCAGUAAGCUGUAGAGGUCUAAUUUGUGAACUCAUUUGCGAAGAUCUGUGCAGCGAAAUCUUCUGUUGGCAUGGAAUGGGACUGGGCAGCAGGCAAUCAGAGGAAAGGAUAGGUGAUCUUGACUGAUGUCGCCUGUCUCUGUAGCAGAUAGUGAAGUACCAUGAAGUGCACACAUAGCAGUUACUG